AUGCCUCAGUUCCCUUGCUUAGUUGACAGCAGUAAGCAUCACUAUAACAUGCUCAAUGUUUCAUCUAAAAGUGGUCUUACUCCUGGGGUUGUGGGGGUUGACUCGAUAUCUGGCCACAAGCUACUAGAAUUUGAAAGGAAGCUUGACCGUCUUAAUAAACAUGCAAUGAAAAGCAUUCACAGUGAAGAUGGGGACAUUAUUGACUGUGUUGACAUAUACAACCAACCAGCUUUCAAUCAUCCUGCGCUAAGAAAUCACACAAUCCAGAUGACACCCAGUUACCAUCCAACAAUGGAAAGGACAAGCACAACAAUGAAAGCAUCAACAAAGGGGAAGGGAGGAUCUUCACUAAACGUGACAUCACAACUAUGGCAGAGAAGUGGAAGCUGUCCUGAGGGCACAAUUCCUAUCCGAAGAAUACAGAAGCAGGACUUACUUAAAGCAAAUUCUCUAAAAGAGUACGGAAGGAAGAAGCCUAGAUUUUCCCAACGGUUUCAGCACCUUGGUGAUAACAUAGACUCGUUCCUUCAACAAGAAAAUCACUCGGUGGCAAUAUUGAUAGCUCAAGGCUUCAGCUAUUUAGGAGCUCAGGGAGACAUUAAAGUCGACAAUCCUUUUGUUGAAUCAGAUGAUUACAGCACCUCGCAAGUUUCUUUGAAAAAUGGCAAUUACAUGUAUUAUGAGGCCGUUGAAUCUGGUUGGGCAGUAAAUCCAAGAGUUUAUGGAGACAGGACAACUCGAUUAUUUGUAUAUUGGACCGGGUAUCGGGUGAGGGUGUUUGUUCAGGAACCAGAUAUCCUAAACCGUAAAGCUUAG